GUCGAAGUAUCGUGGCUUUGAUGCCACGCCCCCUGCUCAGGGGUUGUAUGAUCCGCGCAAUGAGAAGGACAGCUGUGGAGUUGGAAUGGUAGCAGACAUCACAGGCGCGCCGUCUCGGACAAUUGUCGACGGAGCUCUGCAGGUGCUGGAAAAUUUGGAUCACAGAGGCGCUCGUGGCUGCGAGAAGGACACUGGCGACGGUGCUGGCAUUUUGUGCGGCAUUCCCGAUCGAUUCAUGCGGCGUGUUGCGGCGGAAUUGUCAGUGGAGCUGCCUCCUCCUCGUGAGUAUGCAGUUGGCAACGUCUUUCUUGACCGCUGCGAAGAUGGAACUACGGAAGGCAAAAGGAUCUUCGAGCAGGUAUUGGCUUCAAUUGAUGGUCUCCGCAUGAUCACUUGGCGCCGGGUGCCGGUUGAAUCGGAGUGCCUGGGCAAGACUGCCAGAGAUCACGAGCCGACCAUCGAACAAGCGUUCAUUGCUGCAGAAGGCGCUUUGAAGAAGGACGUGAAGAAAUUCGAAGCAGCUCUUUUCGUUCUCCGGAAGCGUGCCGCCAACCUGGCUGCUCAACAGCCUGGGCUUCCCUUCUACGUGUGCUCGCUGUCUCCGCGAAUCAUCAACUACAAGGGCAUGCUCACAUGUCCAGGUCUCGUCAGAUAUUUCCUGGACCUGCAAGAGGAUGACUUCGAGUCUCACGUUGCGCUUGUUCAUAGCCGAUUCUCUACCAACACCUUCCCUGCGUGGAGACGUGCUCAUCCAUUCCGUCACAUCUGCCACAAUGGUGAAAUCAACACGCUCAAAGGAAAUGUGAACUUUGCGCGAGCGCGUGAAGGAUUGAUGAAAUCAGAGCUUCUGGGGCCUCAGCUGGAACAAUGCUUUCCUUUGAUGGAGCUGGAUCAGACGGACAGUGGAAUUUUCGACAACUUCCUGGAAGUGCUGACAAUUUCAGGACGAACACUGCCGGAGGCUGUGGCCAUGAUGAUGCCACCUGCAUGGGAAAAUUUGGACUCCAUGGACUCGAAGCUUCGAGACUACUACAAGUACCAAGCAGCCAUCAUGGAACCCUGGGAUGGGCCAGCACUCGUCUGCUUCACGGAUGGUGACGGUGUCGGAGCUUCACUCGACAGAAAUGGUCUCCGCCCAUGCCGCUACUAUGUGACCAAAGACAACAAGCUAAUCGUCUCUUCGGAGUGUGGUGUGCUGAAGCAGCCUGCAGACAGCAUCGUCGCAAAGGGGCGCUUAUCACCAGGCAAGAUGCUCUGGGCAGACUUCAGCAAGCAUACCUUGACUCAGGACGGUGAGCUGAAGGCCCAGUUUGCUUCUGUCUUGCCAUGGGGGGAUUGGUUGAAGACCGAAGCGAUGACUAUGGAGACUUUGUUGAAUGCAGGCUCUUCGACGCCUCCGUCAGUUCCUCAAGAUCUGCGAGCACCACUUCUCCGUGCUUUCGGCUACACGCAGGAGUCGUUGGAGUUGCUGCUUCUUCCCAUGGGAAAGGAUGGGGAAGAAGCCCUGGGGAGUAUGGGCAACGACACGCCAUUGGCUUGCUUGUCUGAACAGAAUCGUCCGGUCUUCGACUUCUUCUACCAACUUUUCGCACAGGUGACCAACCCGCCUAUCGAUCCGAUUCGUGAGUCAGUCGUGAUGUCGCUAGGAUGCUGGGUCGGUCCCGAGACCAAUGUGCUGGCCUCACCCAGCCCUCAGCACUGCCAGCGGUUGUGGUUGGACAAGCCAUGCUUGCUUCCGGCUGAGAUGGCCGCCUUAUCCCGCACGACGGACCUCAAGGGUUGGAAGAUCAAGUCCUGCGACACCACUUUCCCUGUCACCGAAGGUGCAACUGGCAUGGAGCACCACCUGGCCAGAGUGUGCAAGGAAGCGACGGCGGCUGCCAAGAAUGGAUUUCAAGUAAUCGUCCUCUCAGACAGGUCUUUAUCUGAAAAGCAUGCCCCAAUGCCGUCGCUCCUGGUUAGCGGUGCCGUGCAUCAAGCACUUGUGUCGGAGAAGCUCCGCACCAAGGUCGCGCUUGUGCUUGAGAGUGGAGAGCCCUUCGAAGUGGCACAUCAUGCACUAUUGCUGACGUUUGGCUGUGACGCCAUCUUCCCUUACAUGGCCUACGAAGCCUUGCAGCUUCUGGGAGACGAGGGGAAGUUCGGAGACAGCUGGUCAAAAGAAGAGAAGUUCGCGAAGUAUCAGAAAGCUGUUGGAAAGGGCUUGCUGAAAAUCAUGGCCAAGAUGGGCAUCUCCACACUGCGCAGCUACAAGGGUGCACAGAUCGCGGAUGCCAUCGGUCUGAGCAAGGAAGUGGCCGAAAUGUGCUUCACUGGCAUUGCAAGUCAGCUGGGCGGCCUCGGCUUUGAGCAGAUUGCUUUGCGAACACUUUCUGUUCAUGAUCGUGGCUUCUCACCGGACGGCGGCUAUACUGUGAAGAGCUUGUUCUCGAGCUUGCCGAAUGAAGGCAAGUACCACUACCGACAAGGAGCUGAUGCAGAGAAGCAUCUGAACGAUCCCAUGGUGAUCGCCAAGCUUCAGGAGGCUGCCAGAACGAAUUCUCGUGCGGCUUACGCAUCCUUCGCGACUCUUCACAACAAUCUGGUCAAGGCUUCUUCGAUUCGUGGGCAGGUGGAUUUCAAGCCGCCCAGGCAGUAUGGCCGAGCACCGCUUCCUUUGGAGGCAGUGGAGCCAGCCAGCGAGAUCGUGAAGCGCUUCCGCACAGGUGCCAUGUCCUACGGGUCAAUCUCCAUGGAGGCCCACAGCACACUCGCGAUCGCAUUGAAUCGCCUUGGUGGCUUCUCAAACACAGGCGAGGGUGGUGAAGAUCCAGCCAGGUACGAGCCGCUGCCCAAUGGAGAUUCACUGAAAUCUGCCAUCAAGCAGGUGGCAUCAGGGCGCUUCGGUGUCACAAUGGAGUACCUGGCCAACGCGCAGGAGCUACAAAUCAAAAUGGCGCAAGGUGCAAAACCAGGCGAAGGAGGAGAGCUGCCAGGAAAGAAAGUGCAUGGAGGCAUCGCCAAGACACGAAACUCCACGCCUGGUGUUGGCCUCAUCUCUCCCCCACCUCAUCACGACAUCUACUCGAUCGAAGACCUUGCCCAGCUGAUCUUUGAUCUCAAGAACUCCAACCCAGAUGCUGGUGUCAGCGUGAAGCUGGUCAGCGAGAUUGGCGUCGGUGUGGUGGCCACCGGAGUGGCAAAGUGCAAGGCAGACCACAUCUUGAUCUCUGGUUGCGACGGCGGUACCGGGGCAUCGAAGUGGACCGGCAUUAAGCAUGCCGGCGCUCCAUGGGAGAUUGGCUUAGCUGAGACUCACCAGACCUUGGUGCUGAACGGUCUGCGCGGUCGCGUCACUCUGGAGACGGAUGGACAGCUCCGCACUGGCCGGGAUGUAGUCAUCGCUGCGCUCUUGGGAGCAGAGCGCUUCGGCUUUGCCACGGCACCCCUCAUUGCGAUGGGUUGCAUCAUGAUGCGAAAGUGCCAUCUCAACACUUGCCCUGUUGGUAUUGCAACGCAAGACCCUGUUUUGCGCAAGAAGUUCGAGGGACUGCCAGAGCACGUCGUGAACUACCUCAUGCUCGUGGCCGAGGAGGUGCGCGUGCUCAUGGCAAAGAUGGGUUUCAGAAACAUGGAUGAGCUCAUCGGUCAUGCCGAGGUCUUGCGGACCGAUCCGGCAGUCCGAACCGGGCCGCUCCUUUUGGAUCCGAUCCUGGCAGCGGCGCAUCAACUUCCUGAUGCGGGCAAAAUGGGCAACAUCGAGAAUCGCAAGCUCUAUGGGCAGGAGCACUUCAUGGUUCUGCAGCGAAUGAUUGACAGAACGCUAGUGGAGGACUGCAAAAUGACUUUCCGCUACGGCGAGCGGUCCUACGUUCAGUACAACCAUCUGAACAAUGCGGACCGCACUUGUGGGACCUUGUUGUCCCACGAGAUCUUCAAGCGGUGGGGCAGCAGCCUUCCUCCUGGAACGUGCCACAUGAAGCUAUUUGGCACGUCGGGCCAAUCAUUCGGCGCCUUUUCCGUCAAGGGUGUGCUGCUCGAGUUAGAGGGUGACUCGCAGGACUACUUCGGCAAGGGCUUGAGUGGAGGUGCUCUCGUCGUGUACCCGCCAAAAAAGGCGGUAGAGCAAGGCUUCGAAGCCGCAAAGAACAUCAUCAUCGGCAACACGGCCUUGUAUGGGGCAACAUCGGGUGUGUGCUUCGUGAACGGCAUCGCAGCAGAGCGGUUUGCAGUGCGCAACUCCGGCGUUUGGGCUGUCGUGGAGGGUGCCGGCGACCAUUGCUGCGAGUACAUGACAGGUGGACGCGUCCUUGUUCUGGGAUCCGUUGGGGACAACUUCGGAGCCGGCAUGAGCGGGGGGAUCACCUGGAUCUGGGACCCGUCCCAGACCUUCGAGAGCCGAUCCUUACCACAGGACCUGGAGAUCGGACGUCUCGCGGCAGACACCAACCCCGAGGCCUACCCACACGAAGAGAAGGACUUGAAGUCGCUCUUGAACGCCCACAAGAGCUGGACCAACAGCAAACAAGCUGACGAAAUUCUGAAGCGCUGGCCUGCGUGCAUGUCCGAGUUUGUGCGGGUCUUCCCAAAGGACUUCAAAGCUGCAGUCCAGGCAGCCAUCGAUCGGGGCGAGCACACGCCGAUAGGCUCGAUGCGCGAGUACCUCCCCUCGCAGGAGGCGCUCAAUGACGAUAAAAGCAAGCAGCGUAUUCGCAAGCAGCCAAAGGUCAGGAGAAGUUCCUUCGAGGAUGACUCGGUUCCCGUCAGCAUGGACAUUGAAGACGUGGCUCUCUUCCAGAAGACGACGAAGGGAAGCCGUCCACAGAAGAUCGAGGAUGCCAAGCUGGUGGCAACUUCCAACCGAGGCUUCCUGGAGGUGGAUCGCGGCGACCUCCCGAAGCGAGGAGUUGAGGAGCGUGUUUCUGACUUUAAAGAAAUCCUGGCAAAGAAAGACGAGGUGGCUGUUCAGACCCAGGCUUCCCGCUGCAUGGACUGCGGCACGCCCUUCUGCCACCAGUCCGUAACGGACAAGUCCGGAUGCCCGCUGGGGAAUCUCAUCCCGGAAUGGAACGACCUGGUCCGAAAGGGUGCCUGGUUCGAUGCUUUCAAGCGGCUGAUGGCCACCAACAACUUCCCAGAAUUCACUGGGCGGGUGUGCCCAGCACCUUGCGAAGGUGCCUGCACACUUGGUAUCAUUGAUGAUCCAGUGGCGAUCAAAUCCGUGGAGCUGUCCAUCAUUGACAAGGCUUAUGAGAUGGGCUGGAUGGUGCCGAGUCCGCCCAAGGUACGAACAGACAAAAGGAUUGUCAUCGUGGGCUCUGGGCCUUGCGGCCUGGCUGCGGCUGAUCAGCUCAACAAGAUGGGGCAUCGUGUCACUGUCCUGGAGCGAGCAGAUCGCAUUGGAGGACUCAUGAUGUAUGGAGUGCCCAACAUGAAGACUGACAAGAUGGACGUGGUCCAGCGAAGAGUGGAUAUUAUGAAGCGAGAGGGCAUUACUUUCGUCACUGGUCCUGCUGGGCGUGUCGCAGAGAGCAUGGAGGCGCACAUCGAGGGUACAAACAUGGGACCAAGAGCCUCGCAGCUGCUGGAGGAGUAUGAUGCUGUAUUGCUGGCUGUCGGCGCCACUGUCGCCCGAGACAUGCAAUCAGUGGCCGGGCGUGACCUGAGUGGCAUUCAUUUGGCAAUGGAUUACCUGACCCACAACACCAAGGCCUUGUUGGAUGGCGGUGAUGUCAGCAACAAGUGGCGACGGUGGUGGGGAGCAAAGAAGAACGGCAUGGAUCCGAAGACAUUGGACGCCAAGGACAAGAAAGUGAUUGUCAUCGGAGGUGGUGACACAGGCAAUGAUUGUAUCGGCACAGCUGUGCGCCAGGGUGCCAAGGCAGUCGUGAACCUGGAACUGAUGGGGAAGCCACCCAAGCAGCGUGCUCCGCACAAUCCCUGGCCGCAUUGGCCGAUGGUGUUCAAGGUGGACUAUGGUCACGAGGAGGCUGCGAAUCAGUUGAACAAUGACCAGGACAUCCGACAUUACGGUGCUCUCACCAAGGAGUUCCUAGACGAUGGUCACGGUAAUGUCAAGGGCAUCAAAAUGGUAAACGUUCGAUGGGAGAAAAUCGACGGCCAAAUGCGGAUGAUGGAGCAACCCGGAUCUGAGAAGAUCAUCGAAGCAGAUUUGAUUCUCCUCGCCCUGGGCUUCCUAGGGCCUGAGAAUCCCUUAGCUGCUGCUUUUGGCGUUGACAUGGACGAGCGUGGCAACUACAAGGCCUUGUAUCAGAAGAGCGAAGGCGACUUUCAGACAUCAAAUCCGAAAGUCUUCGCAGCAGGUGAUUGCCGACGUGGGCAAUCGCUUGUGGUCUGGGCGAUCAAGGAAGGACGUGAUGCCGCUGCCGCCGUCAACAGCUAUCUUACGAACGAGUAUCCAGCGUGA